AUGACUGGUGUUGGACUUCGGAUAUCUGAACCGUCCACGGGACACUACUCUGACAUCACCUUCCUUCUGAUGCUGGGGGACUUGACCAACCAACCUGUGGUCUCCUCAAUCACUGUUUCGGAGACUGGUCAGGUGCUGCCGCAAAACGGUGGAAACAUCUUCGUCUUCGUGGGGGUACCGGUCACGUCCCCCGCCUCCUUCACCACCGAGCCCUCCCUCCCCCAGUCCCCCGUCUCCUUCACCACCGAGCCCUGCACCCCCCAGUCCCCCGUCUCCUUCACCACCGAGCCCUGCACCCCCCAGUCCCCCGUCUCCUUCACCACCGAGCCCUGCACCCCCCAGUCCCCCGUCUCCUUCACCACCGAGCCCUGCACCCCCCAGUCCCCCGUCUCCUUCACCACCAAGCCCUCCCUCCCCCAGUCCCCCGUCUCCUUCACCACCGAGCCCUGCACCCCCCAGUCCCCCGUCUCCUUCACCACCAAGCCCUCCCUCCCCCAGUCCCCCGUCUCCUUCACCACCGAGCCCUGCACCCCCCAGUCCCCCGUCUCCUUCACCACCGAGCCCACGUCCUCCUCUCCCAUUACCACCACCACCACCACCGCCUCCACUUCGCAUACCACCGUCGACGCUACCACCACCCUCUCCUAUCAUCCCGCACCAAGUCCGGCACCAAGCAACACGAUGCUUGUGAGCUCCUUCCCCUUCGGCAGCGGCUGCAUUCUGGGACGCAACGCCACACAGUCCCCGGUGCGCUUGUCUGCACCCCUGGGGCCUAUGAAUGUCACCUCCAGCACCACCACCUACUGCCUCCUCAUCAGCAGCAACGCCUCACUAGUUAGCCCUACUGCUGAGUGCGCGGGCAUGGAUACCGUACGCAGAGUCGACAUGGUUGUGGAUCCAACGUGCGCGCAACAGAAGCCCAAGCCCAUCACGGCAGUAACCGUCAACGGCCGUGUGCCACAGCAUAUCCUCCAGACAAUCGAUUUUAAUGGUGCGGAGUACGGUGUACUAACGAUCAAACGCAUUGAAUCGUUGUUCCAGAGCUUACCGGACGAUGGGCUGUCCGUGUGCCUGACUUUCAACAAGGCGGCUGGUAGCAGGUGCAAUAGCCCCCAGGCUCUGUUCUCUGGUCCCACCAUCGUGUACCAGAUCACCAGCAUUGACUUCAUGUGCUGCCCCACGUCGGAGGCGCCGGAGUCCUGA